CGGCUAUAUUAACGUUAGCUAAUGGCUUGUAGCUGUUAGCCACCAGCUAAAGUUGGGCAGAGGAGUCAAAUUUAACGUGAAAACUGCCCAGUUUGUCCACGAACAAGCAAAGUUGGAGAAUAUGGUUUUGAAUCUCUGUCUGCCGGCCUUUCAUACGACAGUUGAAUGCAACAAGCUGUGUGCAGAUGGCUAUGAUGUCACAAACCUUUUGUCAGCCGACCCUGCUCUCCGGAGGCGGGGCUUCAAGCUGGAGUACUUCCUACGGCCACCUGUACAGGUGACGUUGACAUUCGGCUUCCAGGUGGAGCUGUGCAGGGUGGAUGUAGAGCUGUGGACCUGGGGUAUGGACCGAGGGCAAGUUUGCAAGAGGCUGGAGAUCAGCACCAGCUCUGAUACGUUACCCACCCAGAAUUCUUACAUGGGCCACAAAGGUCAUCAAAUGAAUGCAAAGGACCAGAAAACGAGUAGACCACAAGAGCAUGCAGUUAAACACGGCCCGAGUAAUGGCCAGCGGUGGGGACUUCAGGCCCAACAGUGGGGGGGGGAGGCCCCGGGCGAGCCUCGACAAGGGGGCCAGGCGUUCAAGUCAAACACCGCUGAGCCAGACUUCAAACUGGUCGGUCGGUGCGAACUCACCGAGGAGACCCAAGUCUGUUUCACUCGUCCAAAUUUCACUUUCCGGCCCCCGUUUGUCUCCCCUCCGCCGCCGCGACCUCCGACCUCUCGUAAAGAGGAGCUGUGGAGUCGGGGACUGCUGUCGCUGGGCGCGGUGAGGCGACUCCGCGUGACCUUGCCAUUCGGCGGCUCGGCGUCCGCUCUCGGCCUCAAGGCUUUGGCCGUGUGGGGACAACCUGCCCGCUGCUGCCCUGCAGAAGAGGUGGAGAGGAUUAAAAGAGACCACGCAGCCAGCGAAAGCCACGUCCCGAGACCUGUGUUUUUGACCCCUUCUGGCAGCAGGAACAAACCAACGCAGCAAGCAGCUUCGUCACCAUGUAGUCUUUCCAUCCCAGAAGACUUCCUGGACCAGAUAACCCAGGAGGUGAUGCUGCUGCCCAUGCUGCUGCCCAGCGGAGUGUCAGUGGACAGCACCACGCUGGAGGAGCACCAGAAGAGCGAAGCCACCUGGGGGCGAGCCCCCAACGAUCCCUUCACAGGCGUCCCGUUCACUUCCACCUCCCAGCCUCUCCCUAACCCCCAACUGAAAAGCCGCAUCGACCGCUUCAUACUGCAGAAAGGGAUCAUGAGGAGGGACGGGGCGGUGGGACGGCGAGGAGAGGGAGAAAAUCCCCAGGCCUCAAGACUUGUGGCCUCCAAGGUAGACGGAGCGGCCCGGUACUCUCCCUGUCUCAGGGAGAGCUCCAUAGACGACACCGCUAUUCAAUAUAAUGCUGGCGCCGGAAACGCAAGCAGGACGUUGCCAUCCGAUAACGGUAAUCACACAUUCGACUCCCAGCCUCUUACUAUAGAUGGUAAAUCAGGGGAGGGGAGGAGAAAGAAACGCGAGUUGAGUGGACUGUGCAACGAAUCAUCCCAAGAUUUGACAGCCGAGACGCAACUACGACCUCAAACAAAAAGGCCGAGAAAUGACGGCGUUUCAGCUUUACUCCCGAGCGGCAGCUCUCACGAGCAGCGUUUGUCCGCCAGUCUGGACGAGGCCCUCCUCUCCGCCCUGCAGGGGCGACCCUCCUUCACCUCCAACGUGGGUCAGCAGGGACGUGUCCGUCCCGAACCAGAACCACUGAACACUCCUCAGCAACGGCCGCCUGCAAGCGCUCCAAGCACGCUAACGGGCGGGGAGACGUGCUCGGCGUGCUCCUGCUCGGUGUCGGCCUUCUCUAAAGCUGCAGCAGCCAUCUACCGUCUGAGCUGCGGCCACUUGCUGUGCCGUGACUGCGUGCGGACGGAAUCCCAACCGCUGAACUCCGUCGCCACGUCGACAUCGGGUCGCAUCGCGUGUGUCGCCUGCAGGAGCCUGAGCGCACGCAGUGAUGUCAUUCGAGUGCACCACUGACGGCUUCUGUGUGCUGUGAAGAAAUGAGGAUUGCGUCGAAGGUGAAGUGAGGACGGUGUCUCCAAUAAACCGCUUUGGGGAAGAUAAAAAAAAUAAAUAAAUAACAUUUCAAAGCCGAGAAUAACAGAUCCCCCGUCCCUCAUCUUCAGAGACUUUGCAUCUUCACAGAGGUGUGGUCCUUUAUGUUUAACACCUCUUGGAUCAUAUGAUGACGUCCUAAAUAAAUGCUGAUUUGUCCAACAAACAAUUUCCAUGAAACUUCAUUCCUCGCUUUGAACUCUUGCAACCAUUUGGUUAUUUUUGACGCAUACGUUUCGUAAACUUCAAAACGGGCUGAGGAUUAUAUUUCUUUGAAUUUUCUUUGAUUUGGGACGUCGCAAAAUCAAUGGUUUUUGAUGUCCUCCGAUGUAGAAAGAGAAUCGAUUAAAAGAUUCUUGAACGUUGAAAAUAAUUUCCUGUUCGUCUUUCUCCUUUUCAUCGAGCGAUGAAUCGUACAGUCGCAGCCUUGGAUCUGCGGCCUUUGCAAACACCCCGGCUGAGUAGAUGUGUUGAGGGGGCACAGAGAAAAGGUUGGUGGACAGUAGCAAUAGGACCGAGGCAUGAAAGUGGAUUUCGAGCGGACCCAAGGCUGCGUGAGCAUGGUAAAUAAAGCACAAUCAUGCUCGGCUGUCCGCUCUUCCCUCCGUUUACCACGUUACACGCCCUCACAAGUCUAGAGUUUGUCUUCAGACAGUAGAAAAAUAACGCCAACAAGGAUUUCAGCGGACUGAUAAUGUAC